CAUUUAUACAAAUAUCAUCCAUACAAAUUAAUUAAAUCUCACAAUUCUGUGUUUAAUUCUCUAAUCCAAAUGUAUCCUAAUUCCCCUCCUUUUACUUCUUAUCUUCUCUUCUUCAUCCCCAUUUUCGUCUCCAUCCCCACCAAAGGUGUAAUUGGGGCUACAUUUGUGGUGAUUAACAGAUGUGAUUACACCGUAUGGCCCGGAAUCUUGGGCAAUGCCGGCAGCGCCGGGCUCGGCAGUACCGGAUUCCGGCUUCCACCCGGCGGGUCACGUGCUUUUCAAGUCUCGUCUAGCUGGUCGGGCCGGAUUUGGGGCCGAACCGGAUGUACAUUCGAUCCGGUCACCGGUCAGGGUAGUUGCGCCACUGCCGACUGCGGAUCGAACCAGAUGGAGUGCAACGGCGCCGGCGCAACGCCGCCCGCGACGCUGGCGGAGUUCACCGUUGGGGGCCCCGCCGGAACUCCGGACUUUUACGACGUCAGCCUCGUCGACGGGUUCAACCUGCCCAUGCAGGUGGAACCCGUCGGCGGGGCCGGCGCAUGCGGGUCGACCGGGUGCGCGGCGGACGUGAACCGGAUGUGCCCGGAGGUGCUUCGGGCAGGAGACGGGCAGGCGUGCCGUAGCGCGUGCGGGGCGUUCGGCAGCCCGGAGUACUGUUGCAGCGGCGCGUACGGGUCGCCAUCGACGUGCCGGCCGUCGGAGUACUCGGAGAUGUUCAAAACGGCGUGCCCGAGAUCGUAUAGCUACGCAUACGAUGACGCCACGAGCACAUUUACGUGUUUAGGAGCUGAUUAUAGGAUCACAUUUUGCCCUUCCCAAACAAGACAAAUGCAGAGGUCCUCGUCAACACCAGCAUCCGCAUUGCCGUCGUCGCAGGUCGCCGGAACAUCCUCGUCGAGUAGCGGACCACCGGCGGCCACACAAACAACACGAGGGUUUAUCAACUCCGUUUCGGGUCCGCCGGAAGGCAUUUUCAAGAAUCCGUGGAUGCGGGGAAUCAUACCGGGAGAUUCGCCGGCGAAAAUGUCGCACUUUGCCUUGCAUUAUUCCAAGUCUCCGAUGAUGUCGGCGCUGGCCAUGAUCCUUGCUCUCUCUUUUAUUCACUUAGCUUGUUUGCAAAUUGUAAUUAAUUAAUUGAAUAAAUCUUUCCCCAUAUCAUUAUUCUUCCAUUUUCAUUGUUCUUUUUUACUCCAAACCAUUGGAGACAUGGCGAGGUUGGACAGAUUAGUAGUUUGUGGAGAAAGCUGCGGCUUUCAAUCAUGCAUAUAUAUGUACAUACUCUCUUUAAUAAAAUUGGCCUUAGAAAUAUUUGCACUAAAUAGAACUAAAAUUU